AUGCACUUCUCCAAGACCCUCGCCACCGUGGCCACAUUUGCCAUGAGCGCCUAUGCCGCCAUGCCCGUCGCCAGCGUUGAUUUCCAAUCCUGGGAAUCCUGCGACGUCGGCGCCCCGGUUACCGGCCAGCCUAAGUUCGUUGCCCGUGUCACAGCCACCCCAUUGACAUGCGACAAGACCCCCGUCAACCCUGACUGGAGCAUCGACAACUACUCCUUUACCGCUAAGCUCGCCACCAAGGACGCUGCCUACUGCCACGGCGUGAUCAUCUGGAACAACGACGGCUGCUCUGGCAAGCCCACCACUUUCCUUCCCUUCGACGACAGCCCCUUCGCUGUGGGCAAGUGUCUCCCCGACAUUCUGGACCCUGGCUAUGUUUCCUUCAAGCUUGCUUGCGACUUCCCUGGCGCCCCGUUCUAG